AUGGGCCCACAGCUGUACAUCGACCGAGUGCCAUUUCGGACCCUCGUGGAUCUCCUCGUCGGUCAUUACCUCCUCACCCGCGGCGGCGACCGUCGGGCCGCAGACAUCUCGGACCUCUUCACGUUCGAGUUUGCCGGUGAGGGCUCGACCCGGUGCAUGCCGCUCAUCUUUACGACACGGGCCGGUAAGCAGAACCAGCACGGGCGCCUCGAGACUGCCGGCGCGUAUCGGAAUAGGAACCCGCUUAUCUGCAUUUUGGGCGGCCUCUCGUUUCACCUCCUGUAUCGUUGGGAUCUCGGUAGUGAGCCGUUUCCCGAUUUCAGCCGGCGGUCCUCGUGGUACGAUAUCCGACUGAUCAAGGGCAAUGGCGCCGACCGGACGGCGGCCUUCUCGUACAACUCACAGCGCGACUGGUUUGUCAAAGCCUUUGCCUACGCCGGGAUCACGUCGCAGAAGAAGACGCACGUUGGCCGCAGCUCGGGAGCGAGGACGGCGGAACUGAAGGGGAUUAGUGAGGACCAGAUCCGUCGGGCGGGUCGUUGGAAUCAGGAGCAGAUGGUCGGCUGUUACCUGAACUCCUUGCCUCGUAAAUUCAUGCGCACGAUGGCCGGCCACCCGCCGCAGAUCGGAUGCUUCGAAAUACGCCGUGCCGGGGUGACGCCGCCUGAGGUCCUCCUUUCGAUGAUCUGGCCCGAGCUAGAUUGUUGGCGAGGCCGUUUCGGCCCGGGAACCGAGCAGGAGAACGACCUGGCGGCGAUGGGCUCGACGAACCUUUUUUUCUAUCUGCAGGAGGUUGUCUUGCAGGAUUCGGUUGUCUUGAUGAAGAAAUACCCUGGAAGCCCUGUUUGGAACCACACAGUCUUCCGCCACCCAGCCUACGCGCCAUUCGCGCAGCAGCUGUCGGACUUCAUUCUCGAAGAGGAGCGGCCGAACCAGCUGGCCGUCCUGAUCCAAGCGAUGCCGGUCCUCGCAGACUACCUUGAAUCUAUCGACGCACGGAAUGAAGCCAGGACAGUCCAACUUAAAGCAGAGCUAACGGAUCAGCUCCGAGCCACCGAAGAACGUCUUGCGGUAGCCCAGUCGUCACUCUUUUCGAAUGGCUUCAAUUUCCAAGUUACGGCGGCGACGAACACCACUGCCACCACGGCCGCGGCCGUGGUUGACGCCGUUGAACAGGGAGGGCGAGGGGACGGAAGCCGAUUUGUCUCGGCCCGGUCGAGCAUCAUCGACAGCCGAGCUACGAGCCCGACAGCGACAGACACGAUUAUGGUUAAGCCAGAGCCGCCGCCACGGUAUAAGAUGUUUCGAGCAGCGAAAAUAGUCGAGGCGCUCUGGAGCGAGUGGACAGUUGGCCUCCGGGGCGGCCCGGCCAUUGCCGACCUCGACAGCAGAUGGGGAAGUUGUUGGCGCGCCGGCCAGCAAAACGAACUGCAGUGGUAUUCGUUACGGCUCGAGGUCAUUAGGGAGAUUCGUAAGGUGGCGAAGGCCCACAGGUGUAGCGAGGAGGCCGCAACGCACAUUGUCAACUUACAACAGCAACAAACCGGCCGCUCGCUCGACGUGUUCUGUAAACAGCUUCGCGCGAACAGCAAGGCACAAAUUGUACGGCCGAAGAGGUAG